UUCAACCUCAAAACUCUCAAACCAAUAUUCCCUUCAUUUCAUACUUUUGCCCUCGACUUCCUCCUUUAUUUACAGUUUUGCCACUCUGGUUAUGAUAGCUUCUGGUGACCGCCGCAAUUACGCUAGCCUCCGCCGCUCCUGGCUUCGUCCGAUUCCGGCGACUUCAUCGACCACAAACACUUGAUUGUAUAUUCAAAUCAUGCCGCUAAACUCGAAGAACGUUAAUCGGAAAGGAAUCGCCGGCGGAGAGACGGAGAAGAAUCGGAGCCGAGGAACGUUACCGGAGAAAUCGAUGUCGUUUCACGGCAGAGGAACGAUGUCUCAGACGAAUUCAGGCGAGCUUCGAAGACCGAAGACGUUACCGGAACUAUUCUCCACCGGUCAAACCGUCGUCGGACCGUUGAAGACGGCGGAUUCGAUUUCGAUUCCGCCGCGUCUUACGAAACUGCUCCUUAACGUGACGGUUCAAGGGAGUUUAGGCGCUGUGCAGAUCGUGAUUUCGCCGGAAUCCACCGUGAACGAUUUAAUCGACGCCGCGAUUCGUCUUUACGUGAAAGAAGCUCGCCGACCUUUGUUACCGGAAUCUGAACCGUCGCGAUUCGAUCUCCAUUACUCGCAAUUUAGUCUCGAAAGUAUUGGGAGAGAUCAGAAGCUAAUCUCGCUUGGAUCGAGGAACUUUUUCUUGUGUGGUCGGAAAGAGAUCGGAGGAUUCGUCGGCGGUGGUUCGUCGGAAAGUUGUUCGAAGGAAGCAGAGAAAGUGGCUAAAACUGGGUUUCACUGGCUUAAAUUCAUCGGCUUCUAGAAUAAAGUUUUUUACCAUUUUUUUCAAAUGAAUUCCAAACUUUUAUUUAUUUUAGUUUUCCUAUUUUUAGAAAUAAAUAUUGGAAUUUAGGAAACUUCGUGUUACCUUCUUAGUUAGAAAGGGGCCAAGAAAAGAAAAGAAAAGAAAAGGAUAGGGUCAUAAAGGAUUAAUUUCUUUUGUGAGUCAAACAUUACAUUUAAGUUGUAUAUAUUUCUAUAUAGAAAUAAAGUCAUUAAAGUAGUGGUAUAAAAAGCUUGACAAAAAAUAAAAGUAGUGGUAUAAGAUGUAUUUUUAAUCAAAUCUUAUACCAAUAUGUAUCAAUUCAAAGGUCCUGAGUGUAGUAUAAACAAAUGUAUAGUAGUGAUA